CAUCUGUCUGCUUCUAAACGUUUCCUGUCGAAUUUUCCAGUUGGGAUUCAUACAUCUCUCUGUUUUCAAAAUAUUUCUGAACGAAAUGACGGCGAAUAAUAGCCACUCGCCUGGUCGCCUUUAAAAUAUGGAAAGCUCCUACUCUUAUAAAUAUGCACAGAUCAUUUAUCUAGCAGAUGUGAAAUGGCUAAAGCUUUGAUUGAGCUCUGCAUGGCUCAGUAGCUUUGAUGCCAAAUCCACACAAGUGUGUUUUCUCAAGGAAUAUUCCUGAAUUCCCUCGAGUAACCUCGCCGCAUGUCGCGCAUCAGGAGCACACUGGACACCGUUACCAAGGCCGUGAGCGGAACGGUGAACUCCGAACUCUUCUCCAGGAUCACACGCCUCAAACCCAGUGCCACUCAGGCCAAAGCUAUAGAAGUUCAAGUGGAAUGCGGCGAGCCAAAGGCUGGAGCUGUUAUGACUGUGGCGGCACCUGAUCCGCCCAGGGAGAUUGAAGUAAAAAAAGACAUGGAACCUCCUAAAGAAGCACCAAAAUCUAUCAGUAAUCUGUCAAACAGCACAGGAAACACAUCCAGCGGGGUUGCAAAGCAAACGCUGCAACGCUUCCAGCCCGCUGCGUUCACAACCAACAUGGAUGAAACGUACAGUCACCUGGCUGAACAUGUCAAUGCCUACUUUGGAAGCGACACACGAGAUGACAAACGAUCACAACUGGAUAGAGGAGACACAACACCUUCGACAUCUCAGAUCCAACCUUGCACUCUUCCCAAAGUUAGCAAGGAUCAUAUCCUUAUGGCAGCACCUGUGUCCCAUAGAUCCACACCAGAAACACCCUCUGGUCCAUCUGCCAUUGACAAGGAUGGCUCCAUCCCAAGUCCACAAGCCCCUUCUGCUCCAGCUCAGGACGAGGGCGUUUCAGCCAUCCCCCUGUCGCCAAGGAAAGGCAUCAGUCAUUACCUGUCCUACCCUAGGCCAAGCGUCCAGGCUUUUGUAGGUAACUACAUCACUCCUCUCGUUCCAAAGUUUAGAAUGGACUCAAAGGGUGGCACGGCAGAGAAGGACAAACCCUCUGGAAUUGAAGUGAACGUGUCUCAGGAUGCAAAGAGUGCAGAAAGCAAGGAGAAGAAAGAGGCAGAGGAGAAAGAACAGAAACUGAUGUCUCAGAGGGAGAAGAUUAUAGCACGUGUUAGUGUGGAUAACCGAACCAGAGCAUUGGUCAAGAGUCUUCAGCGAGUCACUGAUUUGAAGAUCAUCAUCAACAGGGUGGAGGAACUGAGCUUCCACCUGCUGGAGUUUCCGGAGACCAGAGGAGUGGCAGUCUCUGAGAAGAUCAUCCCUUGUCUGUUGCGUUUGAGGCAGGCACGAGAUGUCAAGCUGCAGGCUGCAGUGAGACAGGCUCUGGCACUGGUGGGCUACAAUGACCCGGUGAAAGGCAGAGGGAUACGUGUUCUCUCCAUUGACGGAGGAGGCACCAGGGGUUUGGUUGCAUUACAGGCUUUGUACAGGCUGGAGAGUUUGACAGGGAAGCCCAUCUAUCAGCUCUUUGACUACAUAUGUGGAGUUAGUACAGGGGCCAUUCUUGCCUUUAUGCUGGGUGUGUUCCAGAUCCCUCUGGAUGAGUGUGAGAAACUCUAUCGGAAGUUGGGAUCUGAUGUCUUUAAACAAAACCUGAUUGUGGGCACAAUGAAAAUGGGCUGGAGUCACGCGUACUAUGACAGCCAGAUUUGGGAGGAGAUCCUCAAAGAGAGAAUGGGGAAUGGGAUAAUGAUAGAGACUUCCAAGAACCCUAAAUGCCCAAAGGUGUCGGCAGUGAGCACAAUAGUGAACAGAGGCCUGCCGCUGAAGGCGCAUGUCUUCAGGAAUUAUAACUUCCUGCCUGGGGUUCGCUCACACUACCUGGGUGGCUGUCAUCAUAAAAUGUGGCAGGCCAUUCGAGCUUCCUCCGCUGCCCCAGGCUACUUCCAGGAAUGUGUGCUAGGAAAUGACCUCCACCAGGACGGUGGUCUCUUGAUCAACAACCCUACUGCUCUGGCCAUCCAUGAGAGCAAGUGUUUGUGGCCCAACACCCCUGUGCAGUGUGUGGUGUCUCUGGGAACAGGCCGUUACGAAACCCUCGCCAAGACCAGCUCAAGCACUUACACCAGCCUAAAGACCAAACUCACCAACGUCAUCAGCAGCGCCACAGACACCGAAGAGGUCCACACGAUGCUGGACGCCCUCCUUCCCCCGAACACCUACUUUCGCUUGAACCCUUACAUGAGUGAGGAUGUCCCGUUGGAUGAGAACAGGCAGGACAGGCUGGACUUCUUGCUGGCUGAGGGUCGCAUCUACCUGGAGCGUAACGAGAAUAAGUUAAGGAAAGUGGCUAGUGUUCUUACUCAAGAAAAGGGCGUCGUUCAAAAGCUAGCUGAAUGGGCACAACUCAAAGCUGACAUGUACGAUGGAUUUCCCUUUCGCUCCAAACUCUGAAACUCUAAAACCAAACUUGCACAACCACUGACCUUUACCAUUACCAUUAUCACCUCUAAUGUAUAACAAUGAAAAUUCUACAUUGCAAUGGAAUUAAGUGUUACAUUGCCAUAUAAAUUAAAAUAGGGAAUCACGUCUGUUGUCUCAUAUCGAGCACAUAAGAAGACUGAAUAGGUUCAUUAUAGGUCUGAUUUUACGUCUUUGUAGUUACUGUAAGGAUAGUUAUUGUCUCUGUUGUGGGUCUUGUUUGAAACAAAGAGCCUUGCAGGCAUGAAAUGUUAGCGGCAACACUGACUAGCUAUUACUUGCAUGUGCUGCUUGUUGUACUAAUGCCGUUUUGAUCCAUUAAUUUACAAUAGGAUAAAACUGUUAAGUGUCUCCUCAAGAAAAUCCUUAGUUAUUUAUUCUGCACAAUAUUGCAGGUAGAUUUGAGUAGACUGAACUAACAGUACUGUAGUUAGCAUGAGGCGAGCUGAUGCUCGGACCCACGUGUGUGCAAAUCAUUUUCAGAUUAACCUUUUCAAUUUUUAUUCAAAAUGAAAUGUUCUAAAGGUACCAACAGCACUGUCUGAUGUUUUAAAAAGUUUGCACAGAAUGUUUUGAAAGCAUUAAAUGCAGUUGUAUCAUUGCUGAAUAUGGCUCUUAAUCUUACAUUGAUCAUUGUGGAAACACUAAUGAAGUGAUCAUUGAUUUUGUUGUAUUAUGUUUGAAUGCCUCGGCUGCUUUUCGGUAUACAGUACAUUUUUAUUUGCUUGUGUGCACUUGGCAGGAAAAUAUUUUACAUAAUUUAUUGGUUCUGUUCAGAUUGACUGUAUAAUAUGCAAAAUAUAUCAUAAAAUUAUGACAGUGUUGUAGAUUCAAUUUUAACAGCUUGAUUCAGAAAUACGAUUUUUCCUAAUAACACCUUUAAACUAUUACUCCGUCGUGGUUAUGAAGAGAAAUAAAGGUUUUCAAACCUCAA